AUGAUGUCGGAUCAAUUAAAGGAGCACGACUCAUUCCAUGUCCCACCGCCAAUAGGCGCAAAGAACAGAAGUUCUUCCUUCUCAAAGAUGCUUUCCAGUCGUCCCUGGAAACGAUCCAGCCCAGCGACACCCAGUAACCCAACCUCUAUGAAUAGCAGCUCGUCAACUUUGAACUUAUCCGGGAUUCAAUCCAAAUUAGAGUCCUACACAGAGAACGGCAAGGAAAGAUCAAGAACCAAUUCUGAAGUGGACGAGAAUGGUACUACACCAUCCAGAUUAUCUAAAUUGAAAAACAUGUUCCGUGCCAGUUCGACUUCAUCAGAUAACGAAUUAACUGCAUCAGAAAUGAGAUCAAAUAAAGUAAGAUAUUUGGAACCCAUGACCCCGGCAAAUACUACAGAAAUGACAACUCCAAUGAGGUCUCCAUCACAGCCCAACGAUUUAUUGUCGUUCCCCUCAUACCACGGGGAAGAAGCUGUGGAGGAACCGAGAGAGGCUCAUACUGUGGUUCACAGUUACAACCCUUUCAUUAAUGACAUUUCUCCAUCACCACCACUGUUUGAAAACCCCAAGACUCCAUCAAAUAAUAGUCGUAGGAGAUCUCCAUCCACACCAAUAAUGCCCAGUCAUACACAUCAGACCAGUUUGGAAUCAUGGAGAGUGACAAACGAUUCAAGUUCAAACCCAUCCGCAGGAGGAAGGUUCUCACCAACUAACCCUUUCAGAGAAAGAACCAACUCAGGAACGCCAUAUAAUAAUCCCGAACAUAGAGGUGUCAUACCACCUCAUAUUAUAGCAUCACAAGAAUAUACAGGAAGUUUCCCCUCUUUGACGAACAAUCCAUUAUCAUCAACGGAAUAUCUUACUGCAACCUCAUCUACAACCUCAUCAGGGUACCCUCAACCACCAACACCAGCACCGUUAUCGAACAAUAACCUUCAGAAAGAUAUUUUAAGAAAUUUAAGUAAUAUGUCAUUAAAUGAAAUUAAAGAAAAUGAAGAAUUAGAUGAAUUCGCAAUGGCAGGAUCAGCAGGAGCAGGAGGAGGACGAGAUUCUUUUCUUUCUGCUUCAGAAAGAAGAGAAAUAUCUGCCUCACCCAUAAAGGAUGGAUCUACUACCCCAUAUAUGACAUCGGAUGAUCCACAACCGUUCCCAUCCAUCGUAGUUGGGUAUGAUGGUGAUGACGAUGGUGCUGAUGGUACUGUGGAUAAAGAUGAUUUCAUAACGACACCAUCUCCACGUUUACAAUCACCUUCACAAAAUGAAAAUAAUAACAUGAAAAGAAUACUGAGAAGAGCUGCCUCUGAAACGGAUGCUGUUCAUAUGGCAAAGAAUAACGGUACAUCAAACGGUCAGAUUCAAAGGGAAUCAACCCCUGAGGAUAACAAUAGCGAUAUCAACUCAAAGAGAUCAAAUACCGUAUCCGCUUCUAAGUUUAUACCCUCAGAACCACCACGGAUCCCAGCAGUAGAGGAGGAACCCAAGAGAUCACGUCGUCUUAGAAAUAAAUCUUUCAGUAACAAAUUCAAAGAUAUUACCGUAGGACCACAAUCAUUUGAAAAGAUCAAAUUAUUGGGACAAGGUGAUGUGGGUAAAGUUUACUUAGUGAGAGAAAAAAAGACCAAUAGACUAUACGCUUUGAAGAUCUUUAGCAAAUCUGAAAUGAUUAAAAGGAAAAAAAUUAAGAGAAUAUUGGCAGAACAAGAAAUUCUGGCUACGAGUAAUCAUCCAUUUGUGGUUACGUUAUAUCAUUCGUUUCAAUCAGAAGAUUAUUUAUAUUUUUGCAUGGAGUAUUGUAUGGGAGGAGAAUUUUUCAGAGCUUUGCAAACAAGAAGAACUAAAUGCAUUAGUGAGGAUGAUGCAAGGUUUUAUGCAAGUGAGGUCACUGCUGCAUUAGAAUAUCUACAUUUGUUGGGAUUUAUUUACAGGGAUUUGAAACCGGAAAACAUCCUACUACAUAAAUCCGGUCAUAUCAUGCUUUCUGAUUUUGAUCUUUCAGUUCAGGCAAAGGAUGCAAAAGUCCCUGUUAUGAAGGGUUCUGCGGAAUCAACUGUUGUGGACACCAAGAUAUGCUCUGAUGGAUUUAGAACCAAUUCGUUCGUCGGGACCGAGGAAUACAUUGCUCCAGAGGUUAUCAGGGGCAAUGGUCAUACAGCUGCUGUUGAUUGGUGGACUUUAGGUAUAUUGAUAUAUGAAAUGUUAUUUGGAUUCACACCUUUCAAAGGGUCUAGUUCCAACGAAACGUUUUCCAAUAUCUUGAAGAACGAUGUUUCUUUCCCCAAUAACAACGAUAUCUCUAGGAAUUGCAAAGAUUUAAUAAAGAAAUUGCUUUGUAAGAAUGAAGCUAAAAGACUUGGCUCCAAGAUGGGUGCAGCUGAUGUUAAGAGGCAUCCAUUUUUCAAAAAAGUCCAAUGGUCCUUCCUUAGAAAUCAAGAACCCCCUUUGAUUCCUAUAUUGUCGGAGAAUGGAUGUGAUUUUGCUAAACUAUCGCACAAUAAGAAGAAAGGGAAAGAUAAAUCGGAAGAAUUGCAGAAGGAACUUGAGGAGCAAGAACGUAUAAUGUUCCAAGAACAAGUAGAAUAUGAUGAUGAAGUAUCUGAGGAAGAUCCAUUCCAUGAUUUUAACUCUAUGAGUUUGAUGCAGCAAGACAAUAACUCGUUGAUAUAUGGUGAUAACAAUUCAUAUGGUAAGAUAUCGUAUACGCCGAAUUCCAAUAGAUCAAGAAGUAACAGCCAUAGGGCAUUUUUCAAAAGGUAG